AUACCUCAAAUUUAGGGUUUCAGUGGUGAAACGAAUCCGGAAGUUGAAGACGAUGGCGAAGUUCAAUGUGGUUCAGAAGCAGAGACGAGCUCAUAAAGCUCAGACGAAGAGGGACGCCCAUGGUGAUCCCUUGACGAAGAAGCUAAAGAUCAAGCAACAGCCUACUUAUGUUUCCAGUAAGCGUAAGCGCAAGUUGAUGAAGAAAAAACGCAGAGAAGAGAAGGAAGCUUUACAGAUGGGGCUGACGAACAUGGAAGAUGUUGAAAUGGCUGUUGCUGAAGAACUUAAAAACACCAAUCGAACAUCGACCAAGUUCCAUGUGAAGAAGAGUGUCCGGCUUAGGCAAUUAAGGAGCAGCAAAGGCAAGAAGAACAAGGGAAAAUCUUCUUCCAGUUCGGGUUCUACAGCAUCAGGCGAUGCUAUGGUAGAGUAAAGUAGGUGACAGAACGUUUCUUUUUUUUUUUUUUUUUUUUUUUUUUUUUUUAUAGUUUUGAAUGCCUCUAGUUCUAUUGUAAAAUCAUAUUGGCUCGUUUUAAUGGCUAUUGCGCUGCAAAUGUUCGUAGCUUUGCAAGAAAAUGUUCUAAAAAAGAUAAAGAUGUAGAUUGCAUUGAAUGAGAAGCCCAUGACUAAAUGCUUGAAGCUAAGAUUACAGCUCCAAUU